GCCGCGCCUGCGCAGAGAGGACUGGCGGACGGAGGCGUUCAGGGACCUGGGACCCAAGGUCCCGGCAGGGGUAGGUUGCAGUCGGGGGUCGGGUCGUGUCCGAGACCAGGCGUCUUCACCGGCUUGCCUGAUUUCUGCUCUGGUCCCGACGGUGUUCGAUUUUUCUCGAAUUUACGGGAGUUUUGCGGAAUGAACCAGUGCUCGCAGGUAUAUCUCCAUGAAUAACUUAAAUGACCCCCCAAAUUGGAAUAUCCGGCCUAAUUCCAGGGCUGAUGGGGGUGAUGGAAGCAGAUGGAAUUAUGCCCUGUUGGUUCCAAUGCUGGGAUUGGCUGCUUUUCGUUGGAUCUGGUCUAGGGAGUCCCGGAAAGAAAUAGAGAAAGAGAAGGAAGCCUGCCGGCAGAGAACGGCAGCCUUCCAGCGGGACCUCGAGGCCAGGUACCACGCCACGAUCUCAGAAAGUCGGCGUGCCGUGGCUCGGCUGUCCCUGGAACUCGAGAAGGAACAGAACAGGACAACUAGUUACCGAGAAGCCCUCAUCUCGCAGGGGCGCAAGAUGGUAGAAGAGAAGAAGCUUCUGGAACAGGAGCGGGCUCAGGUCCUGCAGGAAAAGAGACAGCCCUUGCGGAGUGCGUACCUGAGCUGCCUGGACAAGGAGGCCGACUGGCAGAGAAGGGCCAGGCUUCUGCUGCACGAGUUCGAGGAGGCGCUCGCGGAGAGACAGAGCAUCUACUGCAGCCUGGUUCUGCCUCGCGGUCGGCGCCUGGACAUAGAGAAGGGCCUGCUGGUGCGGGCGUCCACGGACCCCCUCGCCGUGGACCUAGAGAUGGCAGCCGGCCUGAGCGACAUAUUCAAGCACGACACGCACUGUGGAGGCGUCUGGAACACCAGCAAGCGCCAGAACGGGAGGCUCAUGUGGCUGUACCUCCAGUACUGGGAGCUGGUCGUCGAACUGAAAAAGUUCAAGCGAGUGGAGAAAGCCAUCCUGGAGAAGUAGGAUGGGCUGCAGCUUCUCCUCCUCUGCCCGCGCCACCUGCGUGGCGGCCACGCGUGCACCCAGCCGCCUUUGGGCAGCGGCUUCCGCUCCCGCCAGCCUGUGAGCAGCGAGCAAGGCCUCGGGAGCCAGGGUGUCCGCCUGCAUCCCCCUCAGGGGUCAGGGACCCCGCUUCUCGGAAGCGUUUUUGAGCUCUUGGUGUUUUGUUCAGCAGAACAGUAUAGCCUCAUAGCUUUAGGGUAAAGUCGUUUUUAAGAACGUCAGAUACAGUAUUCGUCCUUAGUGUAGGUAACUUUGGGGUCUGUUUUUAUCACUCCCUGAAUAAAUUCUGUUUUCUCCUCA